AUGAAAAGAAUUUUUAUAUUUUGUAUUUUAUUUUUAUCAAUUGUUAAAUAUUCUUUAACAAGUGUUGUAUGUUAUCAAUGCCACGCAAAUUCAACAUCUUCUGGUGUAACAUGUUCUAUUAAUAAUGUUUGUGUUUCUUCAUAUUGUAUUGGAAUUUUAAAACCAGAUAUGAAAUGGUUAAUGGAUUGUGGCCCAAAAGAUAAUAACCCACCGACAGAAUCUUGUGAUAAAGAUCCUGAUACAGAUGUUAUAACAUGUUCAUGUGAAAAAAAUUUUUGUAAUUCUAUUGAUAAAAUGUUACCAGCUUUAUCAAUUGCUUCAGGUUUAAAAGAUGAUGUUAAUAUUUCUGUAAUUUUACCUUAUAGAAAUUUAACAUGUCUUGAGUGUGGAAAUAUAUUAACAGAAGAUGGUAGAAAUCAUACAAUUCCAUGUAAUGCUGAAAAUACAUGUCAUGGAGUUCAAUGUUUAACAAAACGUAGUGUAUAUCCAAUUUCUUUUUGUUUAACAAGUUGGGAUGCUCCUGCGUAUUUUCGAUGUAGACAUGACUUAGGCAAUGAUGAAAUAUGCUCUUGUUUCCAAGAUUAUUGUAAUAUCCCAUAUAAUCCUCUUAAAAAUAUUUUAACAACAACUGAAGUUCCAUCAACAUUAUUAAUCACAACAACACAAAGAUUUUCAACAACAACUGAACCUGGUACAAUUGUUUGUCCAAAUGGAAAAAAAUAUGGUCCCAAUGAACAAGCAGUUAUAAUGGGAGAAAAAUUAAAAGAUAUUAUACUUGGAAAAGCCGAUUGCCAUUUAAGAAUGGCGGCAAUCAGAAAAAAACUUGUUAUUGUUGGAGAUGGAGCUUGUGGAAAAACUUGUCUUCUUAUUGUCUUUUCAAAAGAUCAAUUUCCAGAUGUCUAUGUUCCAACUGUCUUUGAAAAUUAUGUUGCUGAUAUUGAGGUUGACGGAAAACAGGUUGAACUUGCUUUAUGGGAUACAGCAGGACAAGAAGACUAUGAUCGUUUAAGACCAUUAAGUUAUCCAGAUACUGAUGUUAUUCUUAUGUGCUUCAGCAUUGAUUCACCUGAUUCAUUAGAUAAUAUUCCUGAAAAAUGGACACCAGAAGUAAGACAUUUCUGUCCAAAUGUUCCAAUUAUCUUAGUUGGUAAUAAAAAAGAUUUAAGAAAUGAUCCCCAAACUCUUCGUGAUUUAGCAAGGAAUAAACAAGAACCAAUUAAACCUGAACAAGGUAGAGCAAUUGCAGAACAAAUAGGUGCCUUUGAUUACUUAGAAUGUUCUGCUAAAACAAAAGAGGGUAUUCGUGAAGUCUUUGAAAAGGCCACUCAAGCAGCAUUGCAACAAAAAAAGAAAAAGAAAGGAAAAUGUGAUCUUUUGUGA